GGUGAUGCGAGAAGUUCGGAAGGAGAGAUAAAACCCCCGCAAAAGCUAGGUGCAAUUUGCUUACCACAUUCUUGUAGGAGGCACGGAGGAGUGUUUUAGACAAGCGAUAUAUCGCGAAUUUGCAUAACUGGUUUAUGCUGUUGUGAAAGAACAGAAAUAGCUAAAGUAAAGACUGAUGAAAAUGAAAAAAAAUAAGAAUUAAAAAGAUGCGUUGUUUCAACUGGUGUCGUAGCCGCGAUGCCAUUUUAUAGGUUAUCGCCGAAUUUGGUUUGGCUCAGGGGUGCAGGAAAGCUUUAUGAUAACUCCAAAAAUGUUUUGGAUUCUGAAAAAAAUACGCCUUCAUUUUUCUUGAUCAAUUACAGGCGAUGUUUAAUUCUAACGAGGUACUUAACUACUCAAGUGACAACCGUUUUGAAAUAUUCAUCAGAAUUGCAGUCCAAAUUAACACGAAAGCUUUGCUCUCGGUUCAGUUUGUUCGGGAACUUGGGAAGACGGGCAAUAAUGAAACCAAAAACAACGCCAAAAAGAAAGACAACAACAACAGAAGGGCAAAGAAACAAGAACAUGUUAUGAGGUGACAAAAGUAAAAGUAGAAGUUCACGUUCCUCUUUUUCAAAAGCGCACCGACAGUCAUAUUCAUUCUAGGAAAAGUACCUUUUUGGGAGUGGGUAGGGAGAGCGGGGAUUCAAAAGAGAGGGUCAUCAAUAAGAAAUAUACAAUAUUGGGAGAGUCAGACCUAAUUUGUUUGUAGCUUGGGGAGGGCCACCCUCUAAAAACUAGGAAAAAUUAAUUAACACCUCAUACGCUUUUUAACCCAAUCUAUAUCACCAUUUAAAUAACACGCGGUACGCCAAGUUCUAAAUUUACCGUCCAAAAGAGCUACACAUGUUAGAAUACAACAAAGUUCCGGUCACUUGCCCACCAUUUAGGAAGCUAUCAGUGGAAGAUCGAAAGUAAGACGUGCAGUAUACCUAAGGACUGAUACAAGAAUGGCUGGAACAGAAACUAUCUUUUGUUUACAUCAGCGGACAAGGAAAGGUCCUUGGGGCAAGGUGUUACCAACUGUGUCUACACAAAUAAUUGUUUGAUUUACAAUCUAAAAUUCCUGCAACUCGUCUGAUCUUUACCUGCUGAUUUUAAGCAUGAGCCUGUUAGUGGAGAUUUGCCGCUCUGGCGCGGUGACACAACAUUUCAUCUUGAAAACGGCGCCGAUACUUUCUUUCUUCGUUUAAUUUGUGCGCUACGUUGUUGUCAUCGCUUAGCGGCUCAAAGUUUUUGGAGUGGCAAGAAGAAAACAGAAGAACAUCUGGAACCAUGAGAUACUUUCAAAUAAUAAUUUAUGGCCCUCUCGGAAACUGAACUAACUCGGAAACUUCUAACUUACAGGAAGUAGUGAAGGUGUAGCUUUUGAAAACGUUUAGGAGCUGUUUAUGUGGGGGAAGUUGAUGAACCCUGAGCGUAGGUCAGGUAAACCGCCUAGUCGUGGUAAAAAAAUACCCCACGUCAUUACAGGCAAUCUCAACAACCCUGCAAUCUCGGAGGGAAUUUUCUCGGGAUUAUCGAUAGGCGGCCUCGUGAUCAAUUCCAUUAAAGUUGCACUUGUUUUGUUGUCCUUCAUGUUCCUGCCAAGAAGUUCGAAUCCGUUGGCGUUUCUCUUGCCUUGUGCUAUCGACUGAUUAGAAGGACAACGUAGUGAAAGAAUUCAAAAGGUAAAUAGUGCUCCUUUUUAUGGGUAUUUGAAAGGCUCUUGCUUAGUUUUUCAUCAUUAAUGCGCAUUUUUUACGCAUGAUUAGGGUGCGAACAUUAAAACGUUUAGACUGCAGCUCCCCAGAGAGGUCAAUCUUCAUUUUCUCUUAAACGAGUAUGGUGACCUAUUUUUCUUAAUCUUUUUGUAAAGUGAGCAGUAACUUCAUUUCUCUAGAAUAGAAAGAAAUUAAUUUUCAGUGUAGAAAAGGAAAAAUCGUCGGAAGCGUGUUCAAAGCUUGUACUCGUAAAUAUACAUAUUAGUAUUUUAGGGAAUUACUGCGUAUAUACAAGUUGGUGCUGCUCCUAAAUGACUAUGGGGACCUCUCACUUUUAUUUAAAAACUUAAGUUUCUAUAACAUAAACCCGUUUGCAAAUGAAUCGGCAGAUCGAGUUCAUUACAUUCCCAUACUCUCGUGCUAAGUUUUCAAUCUUUUCCAUAACAAAAAAAAAAUGUAGAAUGCUUCAAGUGCAGGAUUAUUUCAAACAAGAAAUAUAAUUCAAGGAAUAUGUCAUUAUCAAACAAGCUACCCUCAAGAACAAGUUGUCUGCCCACAGACCCUACUUGUUUUUUGAGCUUUCUCGUUAAUCUAACUAAGAAAGUUGAAAAAAUUAGGACGAUGAGCCGCGAAAGACGUACAGAAAAAGUGUUUCUCGGGUUCUACAUAGUUGUAUAAACAUUGGAAAGCUUUGUUUCAAUUACUCGGAAUGCGUAGAAGUCUUCUCCAAUGAUCUUAAAAUGCUGGUCUUUUCAUUAUUUAUAUAAGUGUAUAAUUCCAGAAUUUAAAUCCAAUCCGUAUGUUGUGACAGCUCCUUCUUUUCUCCUGAGGCACUGUAUCAGCAAAAACUGAGGAAGAAUUUCCUUUCAGCAGGGGCACCCAACGAGAAUAUAGUUCAAAACCACUUAAACAUAACAUUGUUGAACGUAUUUUAGUAUUCAAACGGUAGAUAUAGGCAUAUUUUUAUCCCCUAAAAAUUUUUCAUCUGUUCGGAUUUCCUAGCUGAAAGUCUAGUGAUCCGAAAAUUAUAGGGAUCAAAGCUUACCUUUUCGAAAAUUUCAGCCAGAAAAAAGGCUCCCGAAAAUUCUAGGUGACCUUUUCAGGGUAAAAAUCCGUUAAAAAUGGGCAAGAGGCACGCAAGCAAGAAAUUUUACAACAAAUGUUCCGAAAAUUCUAGAUCUCAAAUCGUCUUCCGAACAGAUAUUUUCCGAAAAUUGGCGUUGGUUGCCUCUGUUUCAGUAAUCGCAGCCAUUAAAAAUUGAUUGUUUUGUUUAGCCAUGACAUGCGUACACACUGUAUUAAUUUACUUGCCCUAGUCUUAAAUAUGAAUCUUUCUAAUAGAUUUUGCUUGCCACCAUUUUUUUUGUUUCUUUUAGAUCCCGUACUUUGCAAUUUUGCAAAAUUGAUACGUUUUUACCAUUUGUUUGGUCGGACAUUUAAUUAAAGUUUGUGUUGAGUUUUACUGUUCGGCUCGCUUUCUUUCCGUAAGUGAAACCCCAGCACAUUUUACAGUUUCAUAACAAAACAACAACAACAAUAACACUCAUGCACGUUAUUGGUAACAUUGCGUUCACUAUCUUUCUUCUCAUUCUAUAAAAGCCUUCAGUUCAUUUUUGAAAUCAGCGCAAUCCACCGUGAGAUCAUGUGUUAGUUAUCUGCAAAAAAAGAUAUUUAAACUGACUAAUCUGCAGGUUUCCGCGCAAUGUAUCAUUUCCACGAGCAAUGUUAAACUGUGGUCCGUGCGACGGUCAGGACGGUGUGUUUGUCGAUUGUUUUCUUUAGAGCAAUGUAUAAUUCAACAAUCACUCGAUUCGGUUUUUGUGAAUAUCCGGUAUAGUUCUCGGUAAGUGUUAUUAGCCUUGGCAUUCGGCUCGGUUGAUAAUACCUACCUCGAAUUUAAAAAGUUAGCAAAAAGCGAAAGCAAAUAGCGACAUCGUAAGGGUAAUGAAUCCACUCUUGUUCAUUUGCGCGCCAGUACCCCCCCCGGGGGGGGUACUUCCUUACAAGAGGCUUAUGCGGAUUUUCCGCUGGAUGGGGUCGCAUUUUCAAUAGAGUUACUAGGAUGGGGUCGUAAAUUUUCGGAUUUUGGGGGUAACAGGGAUUCAAAAUGGGAAGAUUCUCGGUUAAAAAAAUCACGAUCAGAAAGUUGUUGUUCAUUAAAUUUAACAAUAAGCUCGCAUCGACCGCAUUACAUUCCGCCGCUUGAAACCACAUUGAUAAGGUAGAAGCAUAAAUAGAAAGUGAAAGUGAAUUCGAAGUUGAAAUCGCCAAAAAUUAAUUACAUUUCCAAAAAGUGACUAAGAUGGGCUCUAUAGUUGGCCAAAAAAUAGACUAUAAUGAGGUAGGGGCUCUGAGAGGCCAGCGGCACAUAGCCCGGUAAGAUUAACCCAAUUACCCUCCCGGGGCCAGUACCACGAGAGGUCUUUAGAUCCUAUUACGAGAGUCAUAUAAGAGAAGACUGAUGCGUCGUUUACUUACAAUUCGCACAAGGAAGAGAGAUCUGAAAAUAUUCCUGACGGGAGCGUCUUGAGCUCGUUGUUGUUCAAAUACCUGCAGGAAAACAAAUCACAGUUAAUAUGUGUGAGAUAAACAGAAACAAAAAUCAUUUUCGGUCGCCAGUUUGUAAAAACUAUCCAUAAUUUAACUUUUACAGUCAUACAGCCGCGUAGAAUGUUCAACAAAAUGUGUCAUGGUUGGUGUGCAGGAGUUCAUUAAAUUGGUAUGUUCCUUUCCUAUAUGCCAUGCGUGUGCUUCAGUCGAGAUACCGUAUGGGACACUGAAGAAAUGCUGUUGCACGGGGUCUCUGGCACAAGUACGACCCUUAACUAGGGAUGAACCACUUGAUAAAGUACCGUAAAAUUCAGAAAAAAAGGCCCUCCAUGUAUAAGUCCAUCCAUACUUAUAGUAUAAGCCCCCCAAAAUCGUCACGCAAAAAAACCCUCCGUUAAAUCGCCCCUCCGAAUAUAAGCCCCCUGGGGAGCUUGUACAUGGAAUUUGCCCUCGAAUACAAAGUAUGGUAAAUCCUUCCCACUACAAGCUAGCCCAAUCGAUUUUGAAACGCAAAUUCCCCUCCGUACAUAAGCCCCUCCGAAUAUAAGCCCCUCCAAAACUAAGCCCCUCAAAAAAGGGCCUUUGAAAAAUAUAAGCCCUGGGGCUUAUUUUCGGAAUUUUACGGUAAAUGGAAAUCUUGUCCCUCCUACAUUGCUUAGUCUUAGAAGCACUGUUAGCAACACUAAGGACACGCAAGAAGUGCUUAUUUCUCUCUUGUUCUUAACCCUUUUGCUUAAUUAUGCAAACAGCAAUGUUACAGUCGUUUUGCCUUCUGGGUAAUUCCGUUAAAUGUUAUAAUAAAACACCAUACUAAGCGAAUAUUCACCAAAGUGGAGGAAUAGUGGUGUGGUAAAUUCAGAACCGCGAAGCGGCGAAGUUAAUGUACAUUAAAUAUCCACUUUCAGGCCAAAACGUAGGAGAAUAAUUGUUUUAGUAAAUACUAGAUAAGCUGAAUAACUAGCGGACCAAAACCCUACGUUUGUGAUUGUCAAAUCCCAGAAAUGCACGAAAGUUUUAAAAUCUUGUUGCGCGCCACGCAAUGCAUGUCAAUGCGCACAAAGUCACGCGGUAACUCAGGCCAUCAAAUAAAUUCAAACUUGAUGUCAACCAAACGAAGGACGCCAAACGUUUGACGAUCUUCAGUAAUAAAAUUUCAAUGUUUUUGGAUUCGACAAUUUAUAAUCAACUUAAAGAUGCUUUUUGCUUCCGCUUCGGCUCGGCUGGGAGGUGAAUUGGUGCAUGAGGGUCUCAAUCGGGUUAACCGAUAGGCGUAAAACGGCCAAAAAUUUAGUCGAUAGCCGUAAAAAUUGAAACAUUUUAACCGUUAGCCGUAAAUAGGGUAAAAAAAAGUUAACCGUAAAAGAAAUUGUUCCCUAGAUUUGCUCAGGUACUAAACUCACUUAUGGUUGCGUUUUUUAUUUCCCGGCUAGUGUGGCUCCGUACGCACGUUAGGUAAAGCGCCUUUUAGGUGAAGACCGAGACCCAUUUCCAUGUCGGCCGCUUUCUCGGGGAACUUUUUUUUUUUUUUCCAUAGCGAAAGUGUGGCUUCUUGCUGGGGAUUAAUAUUUGCGAUUUUCAGGAGGUCGUGCCCUCGAAACACUAGUGAAACAACAUGAAGAGAUCUCACUGUUUGUAAAACAAGUUGCCGAUAAACAACAUUUCCCUGUUUUUCUCUGACGCUACGGUAGACAUUGGCAUGCCUAGUCCCUGUACGGCGUCUUCCCACGCAAUUUCGGUCAAGGCAUUUCGGUGACGAACUCGCUCGGACCACGUGACCCGAAACGUAUUAGCCGCGCGAAAUAAUAAGGCCUACGGACAAGGCAAAACGGCUGACAGUGGUUCCGUACAGUCCUUCGCUACCAUUAUAAACACUGGACACGGGAAUUAUGUUAUUGGCCGUUUUCACACUAGAGCUAGAAACGGAUUAUCCGUCUGAGACUAGCCUGUGUACAGUCGCCCCCUUCCCGACAGACACCCCCCUCUCCGAUUUUUUUUCUGAGGGAAAGAGGAGGCUGUACACAGGCUAUCUGGGACGGAUAAUCCCGUUUUCAAACUGUCCGUCGAAGUUGAAGGAUAAAGUCAGGCGGAUUGUUCAUGCAAAAUUAAAACUAUUCCAUUUUCAAAUUAAGACUUAUUACGUAUUAGCGCACAAAGAACACCCCGGCAAAACGUCUACGCAUGCUCCGGGUUGAGCAUUGCCCGUCAAGUUUAAGGUCACACCUUCCAGGCAGUCUCCCAUGCUCGGCUUCAUUCUCUGUGCAGCCUGCGUUUUGUUGUUCUGCUUCAUGUUGCUCGGAUUUUUGACCAUUUUGUUGUUUUGAAAUUGCUUUUAUGGAUAACUAGGUAAAGAUCACUGGAGUAUUUAGUCCAUUAGAUUCAGAAAAGGUAAGUUGAUAAUAACUUGUGUAAUUUUGGCUGAUUUGAGUGGCAGGUAUACUCUCUCACGAAAACGAAGCUAUUCACUGCAAUUCAACCCGACUGAAGCUAAGACAUAGUUUUCCGAGUUAUAAAGUAAUCAUUUGAAUUCUCGUAUAUUGAAGCUUUAAUUUUCCAUUACUUCUUUAAUAAGUAUUGCUGUUCUCUGCUGGUCAGUUAUCGUCCCCUCCCAAAUGCCAAACCAGUGGCAGGGAAGAAAGCCGGCAAAAACAAAUUGGUCUUGUCGAGCGUUAGCGACCUACAAACUUCAAACACCAUUUACAGCGUUGGUGCAAAAACCUGAAACUCGUAAAAUGAACGAAUUUUUUUAAAGAAACAAAUUUUUUCUUUAUCUUUUGUUUUAGUUUCUUGCUUUUUGGUUUUAAAUUUCGCGCGACGGGAAUUUUAUGUUUUCCCAAUAACCGGAAAUACAAAAGUGACCGGAUGUUGAAUUUUUCGCUUAUGCGCAGUGCGUUUUAGCGCAAAGCAUCUUGCUGCUUCAUGGCGGAUAGAUCGCGAUUUUUGCAAUUCUCGGAAAGUUUUUACCUCAGAGAUGUCAAAAAUGAUUUGCUGUGAUCUUGAUCUUGUUUGAUACGCCCUAGGAGCUAAAGUUGUUCGAUGAAGAUAUCGCCCAUUGCCAGUAUGCAUAAUAAGCUUCCAAUUUGUUCUACAUCGUAUAGCUAUUGUAUACAGUUAUGCCGCUUUCUCACCGAUUUCUUAUACAGAUCACUUUCCCCCCUGAAUUUUGCAGGGUAAUCCAUUUACGAUUAUAUCUUUAUCAUUUUUAAAAUUAACUGUAUGUGCUCGUCGUUAUAGUCACCGAAGAAUAUCAAAGUGAAGUCGUCUCAGCGCAGCAAGAUUAGCGCUUGACUGCAGAGCAGGAGGUCGCGGGUUCGAUUUCCGGGGCCGGACUAAUACUCAGUGUCUUAAAAUAACUGAGAAAUAAAGGUACUGCCUUUGCAGUGCAAGUAGCCUGAGUAUCAGGCGUUUCUGGGGAAAAGGGGAAAAAUGGAAGCGAAAAAGGAAGAGAGGUGAAGGAAAGAAACGCCUGACACAGAUGCUUUUACUGGAGCCUUCCACCCUCACACAGCAUGAUUCGAUACCAUCCAAUCAAAAUCACUUCCGGUCAUUGGGUUGUCAGCUUCACGUGUCAAAAAGCUCGCCUGAAAUAAAUCUCAAUUAACGGUCGGGCCGAGCUCCGGUGCUUGUGUUGCUACGAUUUCGCUUUUUUCUGAAACCUCCAAUGAGGAGUUUUCGAAUACUUGUAAUGUAAAAGCUGCCGUUUAUGAGGAAUUAUAACAGGGUUUAGGAAUUGUGCUAGUGUAAGAUCGCCAACGCUAUGUUUGUAAACAAACGUGUGCCCGGAAAAUUGUAAAUUGCUUUUGUUUACAGAGUUAAAUCAGGCGCUUGUCUGGCAGCUAAAAAGCUGGUGUUAUCCCUCGUAUUCUCGGGUGGUUGAAAGGAGCUGUAAGAAUAUAUAGGAAGGUGCGAUAGUGACACACCUAUGCCUAGAAAUUAUCAAGCGGCAGCAGAUUCCACCACUUCACAGAGAGCUCGUGAAAGCUGUUACAAGUUCAAAACAAGUGAGAGCCUAUAGCAAAGGUCAAUCCCGCUGGCGAAAUAUGAUGGCGCCCGCUUGAGCUUAAGACAUUUCAAAAGUGAGAAGAUUUUGAAAGAGGAAGCGAACGAAUUCCAAUCACGUACGUUAUCGUAACCGCAACAAGCAAAGUCAAGCUUUUUAAAAGCAUUGGUGCUGUCGGCUAUCCCCGCGGCUAUCUCAAUACAUGGCUACCUCGCUCUAUUUUCAUUUACAGUAAUAAUACCCUUUUAACGGCAGGAUGUUGUAAAUCUGAACUUAGAUAUCUGAAACACUGAUAUCGUCUUCUUUGUCCCGGUCUUGUGAAACCAAUACUUGGACAUAGUUUCGGCCGAAGAUGGUAUAUGAGGCUUUUCCUUACUUCGAGUACAUGUUUCCUUCAAACUACGAGGCCUUGAAAACACAAUUCUUGCUCGGGUUUUAUUUUUAUUCCAGGAAAGAACUUGAGAGCGCCCUCUAGAGCCUUUUUGAAUUCCUCUCUGCGUCUCUGUCUGUAAAAGCAUCACAUACCGGUAACAUGAAAUCAAAACAUCUAUGAAAAAUUUCAAUGAAAAUCUCCUUGCCGAUCGCUCUUGCGGUCGGUGACGUCAAGGGGUAUUGUGUGUUAUCCAAUGACUGCCACAUCCAGAUUUUGGAUGUGUCACACGAUGUGCUUAAUGCAUUUGUGUCAAGCCUUCCUUUCUCUUCUCCCCCUCCCCCAUCUAAAAUCUCCUCUCCCCUAACCCCGUAGGAAGGCCUGAUACUCAGGCUACAGUGCAAGCGGCUAGACUUUCGCGUGGCUCGGAUGACCACGUAAAAUGGCGGUCCCGUUUCCAGUUGGAAACGUAAAAAUAGUGUCCCAAAUUAGUACUUUCGUGCUAAAUACGCAACCAAUGUACCUUGACACUCAAAUAAAGUGCUUUUUUUCAGGUGAUUGCUCAGUUGAUUGUUGGAUGGGAAUGUGCGAUGUGUUCGCCAGCAAAGUGAUUCAGGUACAUCCGAAUGUAAAUGUUAGGUUUCAUGUAAGUUUUCUCCUCUCCCUCUCCUGCUGUGGUAGCAUUUUUCAUUUAUAAGAGAAUCAUUGUUACCACUAAAAACAAUGCAAUGAGCUAAAAUGUAAAUAAUAUUAUAAAUUGGCAGCUCUAAGGACAAAAUUUAGAGACAUUUUCAAGAGAAAUGCAAGAAAAAGAUCAUGUUGAAUGGUUGGUCGGGCUUCAGUGUAAGCCUUUGCCUCUUUUUUCUGUUUUCUUUGUAAUCUACACCUUGCAUAGUACUUGAGAAUUCCAUAAGCUUGACGUUACAUCUCUGAUGUGUUGUGUGACAUCAGUUUUUCACACACUUUUAGUCUGUUGCAUGAGAGCCCAAAUUAUUAUGACAACAAUAUUUUGAAGUACACUGGUAAGUGCGUUGUGCACACAUCAUGGGAUUAUGUUACUAGGUACUGUAGCUUCAGCUUCAAUUUAUUUUAUUUCAUUUAUUUGCCAGAAAAAUACAGUCAUUCAAUACAUUGCAUCAAGGCUGCUGCCUAAGAAAAUUUUUUGCUCGUAAAAUAAGAAGUUAGGAGCCCGAGCAACAUUUCUAGGUGCCCGUUCAACAAAAAAGUCCAUGUAACUUUAUUAAACGUAUGACAACUGGUGCACUAAAGAAUCACUGGAGCACUGGAGAAUCAGCUAAGGAGAAAUGCUUUCAAUGUAGCAGCACUUUGUAAACUGAAACAUUUUGGACCCUGAAAUCUUAUACCAGAAAGUCUUAUAUUUGUUCGGACAGGAAAUAAUGUAGAGAUUAUUAGAAUUUCUAGUAAUAUAGGAAUGAACUUGAUUUGCCAUUAAAAACAUUUCUUUGAAUACACUAGAAAGCAGGCCAAUUUCAUAAAAAUGCAUAAACUUUCCAAUUUGUAAUGAGUACAUUUGUAAAUAUCAGGGAACUUCAGUAUUAAAAUAUCGUUAAAUAUACGUUUAGGAUCAGUACUUGUGAGCAUCAAAAUUUUUUAUGGCUUCUUGGAAAUAGGCAACCACUACAGCAACGGCUUAAGAAGUAAAUUUGCACUGUUUCAAAAGUCAUCACCUUGUGCAAUUUGCUAAAUGUUGGCAAGCUUUUCUCUCAUUGAAAUCUCAAGGACUGUACAUGUAUACUAAGGUCAGAGAAACAAAAACAAAAUUUUUGUGUUGCGUCAUUCAUACAGACACAAAAAUGUAAAACAUGAAACAAUUUAGGAAGUUUUGUGUGGUAGCUGUAUAGUGAUAGCGAUAAAAUGUACGAAAAAGUGUGAUACAUGUGCAAACUUGUUGUUUCGCUGAUGUAAACCUACUCUGCAUUGUUUUUUGACCAUUCUUGCUGUAGCUUGCGUGGGUCCAGGGUCCUGUUUUCACUUACCCUUUUGGAGAUUUACAAUCCUUAUAUGGAUGCUUUCAUCAACAUUCAUGAUGCUUUCAAACAUAAUUAUGGAGGUUUAAUAGUUGUGUACACUGAAGCAUUAAAAAGAAGAAGGAAAAGUAGAAAUUAAAGAUGCUUCUCUUGAGCAUCAUUGCCAUUCCCAUGCUCUGAUCUGGACAGCGAUAAAUUAAAGCACAAGAGAAGGAUGGGUUGCUCCAUCAACUUUACGAGAGACUAAUUUACUAGUUAGCUCUUCCAAUGGACAUUUUUAUUGAAAAACCAAGCUAUGUACACUGUAUGUAACUCAAAGCACAGAGAAUCGAUCAUUGAUUUGCUAAUGAGUUUACAUGUAUCUCUUUGUUUUAUGAAUGUUUCGUUGACUGACAAGUGAUGUUUAAUACUGGAUUGUUAGAAGACCUCAUGCUAGCUUAAGUUAAUGUAAUAAGUUGUGUGUACUGUCAGCAUUUUAUUAUUUGCGUUUGACCAAGGAAUAAUGUUGAGAACAAAGAUUUUACAUUGUACAGCAGUUCCCAAUAACCCACACCCUUGAAACUUAGGUUUUUUCUGUGCAUUGAAACUUGAGUCUUCUUGGAUGUCAAUCAACUGUUUGCAUUGUUUUUUGCCAUUAUCUGCUAGAGAAAGUUCUCUCAGUGUUUCAUUGGAAGAGCAAAGACUUGCACUUGUCAUAAGAUAGAGCUCUUGAUUCUCUUUGAUAGCACGACAAAUGAUAAGAAGUUCUACAACUUAAAAAAUCCACAUUCACUCCAUAUUCACUAUGUGAAAAGAGUCUCAUUCAAAAGACAAUUAUUUAGUUUCCCUUCUGAUACAUACAGUGUUUUUUUGUUUCUUUGACUUAUUCCUUGGCAGAUUUCUCAGGCCUUGCGUUUUUGAACAAUCAAAAAUUAAUCUUAGCUACCUGAAAACCUUUGUAUAGUAACAGAAAGAGUGUUUCAGCUAUUUCAUUCAGCCAUUGUCCAUUUUGCUUCAACAUUAUAAUCCUCCAUGUCAGCGAAAUUGGAAACCCCUUCAUUAUUCAAAAAUGUUCUUGCCCAACCUUGUUCCAAGGGUUCUCUCCCACCCGUCCCUGCGGAGCGAGAGAGAAAGAGAGAGAGACCCUGGUUGCGUCUGGUCACGUGUCUCCCAGGGCUCGACACUAACUUUUCAACUUACUAGUCUAGUGGCUAGUGACAAGUUAGAUGUUACUAGCCAAAAAAAAUUUUUACUAGCCAAAUGUUGAUGUUGGCUGGGUCAAUUUUUUAAUUUUUAAUUUUAAUCUUUUUAAUUUUUUUUUCCAUCUUGGUGAAUAACCCAUGGGAAGUCAGAUUUCCACGAUGACUAUGUUUUAGAUGCAGAUUCUUUUGUUUUUCUCAAAAUUCCAUAAUGGAUAAAAGAGGAUUUUUCAAUGGCGGUAAAAAAGAAAAAAGGCAAUGACGAUUGUUCUGAAAAGAAACAACCCGCUGAAGAAGGUGCAAGUGCAAGACCUCCACCGCCAAAGCGGAAAUUUCAGCACACACCUUGUGUCACGCUUGACUGGUUUAAACACAGCAAACCAAAAUCAUCUCAAUGAAUUGCGCUGGUUUCAAUUUAAAUAUUUUGUUCAAUGGGCCCGAGUUUUCCUCACAUCAAAUCUCUCAGGCCGACAUAUCACAAAGAAAAAUCCAGCGAUUUUCCCGUACUAUAAGACUUUCAGGACUCUGUUUUUCUUUGAGACUUCCUUGAAAAAAAAAGAAACACCGAGACGUCAUUGUAAAAACUGUUGAGACGUCUUCACAAACAGGCAUCGUAGAAAUGUUUGAAAAGCAUUGGCAAUGCCGUGAAACUCUGCGUGAAAUUUCUUAAUCAUGAUGCCUUGGCAAAAAUAACUAUACUAGUAAAUUCAAUUAUAAGUUUUAAAAGUGUUUGCGUGAACUGGGCGAUCUUCUCACGCGAGCACGUAACGUCUAGUCAGCUAAAUGAAAUGUUAUCCCUUUAUAUUUCCGCAGGAUUUUGCCCAUGAUUUUAUCAGGAAGCUCACGUUUUGUUCUGCUAAUUUCGUAACAAAAAAGAACAUUGAUGCGCACUUUCAGAAAAUGCUGUCUUGUUUGUCAAAUAUUUCUUUCAACAUAAUAACAUGUUCAGGAACCCGUUUACGUGCCACUGUUAAAUUUACAUAUGUGCUGAACAGCACGUGCCCGUAACAUGAUACGCCCACAAUGAAAUUCCAAGAUGUCUUACUUGGAAAGGUGAAGGUCGGUCAAUUUCAUUUCUUUUACUAGCCAAAGUGGCUAGUAGAAAUCGAAAACCUACUAGCCAAAACUGAAUUUCUACUAGUCUGUGGCUAGUUGGUUACCGUUGGUGUUGAGCCCUGGUCUCCAGAACAAAAUUAAUUCUGAGGGAGGAGCCCUUUGUUUCUCAAGUUUUGUGUCUUGUUCACACAAUGAUCACAAGGGUCCACAAGAGCAUGAUACAUUUGCUUACUCUACAACUAUAAAGGAAACCAUGGAAAAUUUCUGCCCAAACAGAACUGCCACUAGAUAAACAAGUUAAGAGAAAUCAAAAACUUGCGUUCUCGCUAACUGACGACACCAAUUGCUAAUAAAAGUCCUAAUCUACGAUCUUAAGUUCUACACAAGCAUGUUUAAAUUGAAGGGAAAAUCCCUCUAUGUAAGUUAAACUUGCAUUGAAUGUUUGCCUGACAGCAGCUGCUGGUAAUCGGGCCAAAUCAGUACACUGCAAAACCUACACCAUUAGCUGUCUUAGUGCUUCAGGAGCAAGGAAUUCAAUAUAAAUAUGUAUCACUUUUAGUGGUAGAUAGAGAUACGGUGUAUAUAAUAUUAUAGUGUUUACAAACAAAUGCAAAGGAUGACCACCACAUGACGGAUGACAACAGGAAAUCAUGCAGUAUAAACAGAGACAAAACAGACAACAUAACCUUCAAAGCGAAAGGCUUUGUGAAAACUUUUUGUAAAAACAAAUGCAGCCCAGUUAUUUCUUAAAAUCCUCUAAAGCUAAGCAUACCUAUCCCUCAAGAAAAAUAAAAAUACAUGUACUGUAGGAACAAUAAACGGUUGGCAGUCAUGCAAGCCAUAUUUUUAACAAAGAGGCUUACUGGUUUAUGGCCAUUCAGUUGGUUUUAAAUGAUGAUGAAAAAAGCUGAAAGACACAGAACUGUAGAUAAAAAUAUACUCUUUCAAGAUUCUGUUUACCUCUUUUCAUUUCAACAAUCAAACUGUGUCCGGGUGGCGUAUUCUCGCUUCCUGUUGCUUCGACCUGUUAAUUCAUUUUCGAGGUUGGUGUCAGAGGAUGGCAACACUCGAUACAUCUUUUAGGCGCCCUUUUGAACUAUAUAAUGGUAGUCUUGAAAAUGCAUACAUCUGUUUUCUAAUGUGGCCUCCACAACAUAGGAAUAGUAAUUCAAAUCCAAUGCAUUUUUAUCGAUAUAAAUACCACUGCGCAAAUUAUUUUUGACCGCACAGCCGGUGAAUCCCCAAUUUUCUCUGCAUGUGCCAAAGCAUCCCCGAUAGAUUAACAUUCAGAUAUUCUGAAGUUCAGUACAGCAAAAACAUUCGAGUGGAGGAAAGUAACGCAAGACUUGAGAUAUGGAGGGCCACUUGAAAUGUUUACAAUAGCAAAACUGAUAAAAAUUAAUGUACUAUUGCAUCAGUUUUCAAAUUUAAUGUUUAAUUUACAUUAUAAUUUUAUGUGCCUUAAUUUGGCAUCAAAAAUAUACCAAUAAGUUUCAUAGUUAAUCAUUAAUAAUCAUGUACACUGUAACUGACAACUGACAAAAAUAAUGGCCUGACAUUUGUAUCCCCCCCCCCACCCUUCCAGACUCUCUUUCUCUAGUAUUUUUUAUCAGCAUCAUAACUAUAAUAAUCUGAUAUCGCAUAUCCCCACUCAGCAAAACUGGUGUAUCUUAACUAUCUUAACUCAAUUGAUAGCGUUGUUGUCAGUUAAGACACAAGCACUUUCAGCAGUAUAGUUGUGCUUUGUUUUUUUACUGACGGUUUAGGAUCAUUGAACUUUUGCUUUGAAUUUAUAAAGGUGUUGAACUGACUGUAAUAAACAGAAGAGCAUAAGAAGUGUGCAUCUGUUUAUUCAGGCCACUCAUAUUUAUCAGCUUUAUAAAAUAGACUUAGUUCCACUAACUUUCACUCUUUCUCCAGUAUUUUUUAUCAGCAUUAUAACUAUAAUAAUCUGAUAUCCCAUAUAAAAUAUCCCCACGCGUUAAAACUGGUGUAUCUUAACUCAAUCGAUAGCUCAGCAUGUGUUGUUGUCUCUUACAGCUGUAGGACCUUAUUUGAUUACUGUGACCGUCGCUUUUUUUUUAGUUUCCCUUGCAACUUCAGUACCAAGGGACAAAUACAACAUGUGAGAAAACCAAAAAGGCAUGAUAUUUUUUUUUUCAAUAUUAAAUUAUUGAUUUGCAUGUCUUUCCUCUGUCAGUUCGCCUCUGUUUGCUAAAAUUUUUUCUUUAGGAAAUAUAAUAUUGGGCAUAUCAUUGAAUGUUCAAGGUUUUCAAACCGUUGUAGAUCAAGCUGUUUUGAAUGAAAGAGUUUGAUGAAGCACAGGCAUUCAACAAAAUCAAACUCACCAAAAAAAUCGAUCAUUCAAUUUUUGAAGUCAAUCAAACUUUGAGUCCGGUUACCGAACAAAGUGGAACAAAAUCAAACUUUCUAAUUCCGAACUCUUGAUGGCAAGUAUGUUAAUAUAUUGAUCCAGUGUGAAAGCAGUCAAGGCGAUUUUAAUUCUCGUUUCUUUUAUCAUUUCCAUAUUUGGAGGCAAUUCUAAAAUAAAUAUUCUCCGUGAAAAUGUCAAUGCAUUUGUUUACCAAGGAAAAAUGUUUUAAAACUGCAAGUUGAAAUCAUCUUGGGAAUCAUCUUGAUUAUUAUUCUUUCUUGUCUUGUCUGAAUCCAGCACUCGUCGGAUUUCCCUAACCUGUUGCUUUCCCAGAGUUGACUCAGUUUUCACGUUUGAUUUUUUUUUUUCAAUAUGAUUUGGUUUAUUUUGAUUUCGUUCGGGCAUCAAACUCUCCAAAAAGCUGUGCUUGAUAGCAGAGCUCCACACGCGCGCGUGGGCAGAGCCCCAUAGCUAAGGUAAUCUACCCAUCCCGGAAAAUUUGGUAAUCAAGUGACCGUACACCGACCGACCCCCCGUCUGUCCGCACCACAGGCAUACCAAUGAAUUUUGGGUAGUCUGUGUGCAUAAUAAGUUUUGUUUUGGCGCGAAAACGAAUCGCCACCCGCGUUUUGUGAAGUAAAAACAACUUAGUCCAGCAAAAUCAACUCAAAACAAAAAGCAAUUUUUCGUGUUGGUUGACGGAAAUUGUUUUUGCAUCCGUAUUUUCUACAUAAUCAACUAUGUCCUCUAGUUUGGAAUAUAGAGAUAGAGAUAGGCAAAGAAAACGAGAAAGUAGGCGGCAAGCAAGCCAAGCUCAACGAGAGCGAGAGCGGCAGAGAGCCAGAGGAAGAAGGUAAGAUUUUACUGAUGAGCAGCGGAAGAGGGAUAGAGAAAGGAGGUGCAAUUUAAUUGACGAGCAAUGCAGAAGAAUGCCAGAGGGAACAGGAAAGAGAUAGAGAAAGGAGGCGCAAUUUUACUGAUGAGCAAUGUGAGGGAGAGCAAGAAAGAGACAGGGAAAGGAGGCAAAAUUUUAGUGACAAGCAACGAGGGAAAGAGCAAGAAAGAGAAAGGGAAAGGCGACAAAAUUUCACUGAAGAGCAACUGGAGAAUGAACGAGAGAGAGCAAGAGAAAAUAGAUGCCGAAUUAGCGACGAGCGGUGCGGAACGGAGCGAGAAGCAGCAAAGCAAAAAAGGCGUCAACUGAACGAAGACGAACGGGAAGGAGAAGGUAUUAAAAGUGGCUAUCUUCAAAUUUAACCUUGCUUUUUGCCGAGGUUAGCUUACUGUAAAUAUGUAUCGGAUGCAAGGCGUUGUGGCUUUUGCGAAAUUACUUUUUCAAAAAAGCUUACCGUGGAACGUGAGUUGCAGCUUUGUUUGUUUAAUCAAUAACCUCUUCGUGAUUGCAUCAGGACUUGUUGUCACACAGCGUUGAAAUGCAAUUUUACUUGAAUGAGAUAGAGUAUAAGCUUAAAGUGCUCCUCGAUUUAUUUCAAUCAUUCUGAUUUUGGAAAUAAGGUAAUCUUAAAUGUGCAAGUUAUGUAAUUCCAUCGAAAAGUUUCACCAUUGUUAUUUUUUUUCUGUCCUAUCCGACUGUGCAAUGAAUCGCUGAAUGACUUAAUGUAAAAUAACUCCUCUUGUGACAGUUGUUUGUCAUUCCUGUAAGCUUAUGUAAGCUUGAAUCCCCGGCUUAAAUUUAUUCAGUGUCAGGACGCUUACACGGAGGUAGUACAUUAGUUGUAGUUUUGUUUGUUUAAUCAAUAACCUCUUCGUGAUUGCAUCAGGUUUUAUGACCAUACCACGCGUCACUUUGUCACGCAGCAAUGAAAUUUAAUUUCACUUGAACGAGAUAAGCUUAAAAAGAGCUCCACAAUGUAUUUUCGUUCUUUCUGGGCUGGAAAAUAAGGUAAUCUUAAAUGUGCAAGUUAUGUAAUUUCAUCGAAAAGUAUAACCAUUGCCAUUUUUUAUCCUAUCCGACAGUGCAAUGAAUCACUGAAUGAAUAUGACUGUUGUUUGUCAUUCCUGUAAGCUAAUGUAAGCUAAAAUCCCGCACUUAAAUUUAUUCAGUGUUAGAUGAUCUUAAAUUAACGUCCUGUGAAAGCGUUGUUAUGUUUUCUUGAAAGUCUAUGGGAUGUCACUGUUUCUUCUUUGUAUGCUCGGCAGUCUUCAUUGGUUUUUCCAAUGCCUGCGCAUGCGUAAAGAGCUCAUUUGAUGCAGAUUGUUCGGGUUCACUUCUAUUUAUUUUAUUUAGGGUGUUUUAACAAAAUCUGAAAGAGCUAUUCUUCCUCUCGAAUUGAAAUAGCUAUUCCUUUAAGGCUUUUCCAUUUUGUAGAUUCCUAUCUUCGAGUGUGUAAGAAUAAUAUUAUGUAAAUAAGGAGGUCAUUAAGCCAGUGCUCGAAAUGAUUUUUGAACAGUGCAGAUCAUGUUGACAGGCCAAACAAAUUUUAACUCGAACCGGUCAAAAUACAUUAAAAACUCGCGUGUAAGAAACCGCAUUUCCCUUGCUUGAAGAAAUUCUUGGAAAAAUAUUUAUUUGCAAAAAAAUUUGGGUAUUUUUCUAAAAUAUAAGUGUAUGGAAUUUUCUUUUAUAGAUUGAAGAAAAUAGAGGGGGCCUAACUGGCAAAUUUAGCUAGGUUCUUAGGCGCUAGUUUGUACUGUAUUGAAAAUGUUGUACUUUGCAAAAAUAGCCAAAUUAAGACAAAAAUAUCCCCAAUAAAUGCUCAAAAACACCUUUUAUUAUUCCACUGUUAUGUCAUUUUACUAUAGAAGGUCAAGAGAACGCGCAAAAUAUGAGGCCAUAAUACACUGUAGGGUCCUGGUUUAACCGGUUUACAACAGGGCGAAUACCAGUGGAUGCAAAAGGAGCAUUUGCACAGACAGAAUGAGGAUGUUUUGGAUACUCUUACCAGAAAAUAGAAGCCAAAAUAACAUUUUUUUGCAGUAGGUAGAAUAAUUAACCUCUCAUUCAAUAGUUUAGCAUAUAACAGGGUGUCCAGUUCCUAUUUUUUCCUAUUUUUUGAGCCUAUUCCUAUUUUCUCCUAUUUUUAAACUAAAACCUCCUAUUUUUCCUAUUUUUUAGCUGGUGAAGCCAAAAUUUGUAACAAAAUUGAAAAUGGAAUU